AUGAACCCGCGGCUCCUGCUCUGCCUCGUGGCCAGCUUAGUGGGUGCCUGGUCUACCAUCCACGCUCAAGGUGUCUCGGAGGACUGCUGCCUGGACUACCACCGCUGCGUGCGGCCCCACCGGCUCCUGCUUGCCCAGAGCUACCGGCGCCAGGAAGUGAGCGGGAGCUGCAACCUGCCUGCCGUGAUAUUCUUCUUGCCGAAAAACAAGGUGCUGUGUGCGAACCCGAGGGACAGCUGGGUGCAGAAGAUGACAGACCUCCUGGAUGCUGGGAACAAGACCUUCCCAAAACACCUCCGGAGACACUUUCACGACCCCCCCUUUAAAUGUGGGAAGACAGGCCCUGGAAACUCCAAACUCCCACCAGCCAAGUUUAGGAGGCCCGGCAGAAUCAAUAAGAGGGAAAGUUCCUUCCGGACAAAAACUAAUGCAGGGGGCUUCAGCAAGUACUGCAAGGAAAUGACCAAGAGCGGCAGGGCCCCCAGCUCCACUCCAGUCCUGGUCACCUGCCGGCCUCUCCAAUCCCUCCUGCAGGACCAUGAGCCCGGGCAUCUCCAGGAUUAG